AUGAGCGACGACGACAUGCCUAUGGACGCAGAUACUGAGCGUCUAUUGCAGGCGGAACAUGACGACAGCUGUAUGCGCGAAUUAGCACACCUGCUGGAUGUGGACACAAUGCAAGUGGUUCCACAGCAGAGCGCGGUGUCGUCAAGCGCGGUUCCGAACCCCGCGGCAAUCGAACAACUGAACCGGUUCGAGUUCGAACCCGUGGACUAUCACGCUACCUUUGAUCCAAUCGCAGCCGCGCAAGCUCGAAAAGACGAACAAGCAGCAGCAGAAGCAGAAGGAGUCCCCUUGGACAAUCCCGACACCAGGGCACCAAGGAGCAAAACUUUUUCGAAAAGGGGAGGAGGUGGGCAUAUACGAGCCGGCGAAGAUCGUCGACGCAGAGCCAGUGAAGUGUCACGGUGA